CAGCAGCAGCACCAGCAACAGCAGCAGGAGCGAAGCAAAACAAAGUGAAUGAACCAGACACAUUUUUGACGUGUGCGUAAACGCCAACAACAACAACAAGAAGAAGAACAGCAACAAAGCAUUUGUGUAGUUAAUUUAUUCAUUGUGUGCCUCGCGCGAAUCUGCAAAGAGAAAGUCUUGAGUCAUCUGCGGAGAAAGACAUUAUUAAUUACAAACAAUUGUGCAAUUGGAAACAAAGAACAAGUUUUCCUUGAUAGCAGCAGCAGCAAAAAACAAGAGCAACAACAACAAGAACAACAAAUACAAUGGCCGUGGCCUUCUAUAUACCCGAUCAGGCGGCAAUGCUGCGCAAGGCACGUGAACAGGAGAAGCAACUGUUGCGCCUACGCCAGUGGCAGAUGGCGACCGUAAUGCUAAACACCAUACGCCAGCUAAUGGACUCCACGGCCGGCCAGUGUCUGCAGCGUGCGGGUCGCAAAUGCGGCAAGUGGCGCAAACCAUCGCAGUGAAAAGAACGCAUCUUGAGUAAACCACAACCACAACUAUACACCUACAACUGCAACUACAACUGCAACUGCAACUGCAACUAGAACAACAGUCCACAGUCAGUCAAAUAGUACAAAGGAAACACCCAGCGAUCGGCCUAUCUGACAACUUUUCCCGACUCAAAAUUUAUGCAGCCCCCCCACACCCCCUUAAGUUUACUCAUCAAAGCGAUUGUGAUAAUGGUUUUGUUUCUUUCGAUAUAGCAACAACAACAACAACAA